AUGUGUUUGCCACCAGCUCAGGGUGUCCAGUCCGGGACCGCCUCCCGCUCCUCCCCGGGGCGGAGCGACGACCAGAGUCUCAGUCAGGCCCAAGGCGCCGACAGAUUAUCUCGGGGCCACAACCGCGUCCGCGCCGCUGCACCGGGAAAGGGUUCGGGGCCGGGAGAGCGGUUCAGCCCAGAAUGGGAGGGAUACAGGAAGAGGAGCAUCCAUCAGUCCGGUUGUUCCGAGAGUACCUGAGGAUCAGGACGGUGCACCCUCGGCCGGACUAUGAUGGUGCCAUUGAAUUCCUGGAGAAGCUCAGUAUAGAACUGGGUCUUCCCUGUAAGAAAAUCGAGGUCGUGCCUGGCCUCCGGGUCCUCAUCCUCAGCUGGGAGGGGACUAACCCCAAGCUGAAAUCCAUCCUCCUCAACUCCCACAUGGACGUGGUUCCAGUAUUCGAGCAGCACUGGAGGUUUGACCCAUUUGCAGCUCAGAAGGACGAAGAGGGGAAUAUAUACGGCCGAGGAUCACAGGACAUGAAGUGUGUGACUAUUCAGUACAUUGAAGCAAUUCGAAGGUUGAAAUUGGAGGGCAAAAGAUUUCCAAGGACAAUUCACCUGUCGAUUGUUCCUGACGAGGAGAUUGGAGGUCGGAAUGGAAUGGAAAAGUUGGUCGAGAGUGAAGAGUUCCGAGCUUUGAAUAUUGGGUUUGCCCUUGAUGAAGGUCUGGCCAACCCUGGUGAAACCUUUACAGUGUUCUACGGUGAAAGGAACGUUUGGUGGGUAUCAGUGCGUUGCCCAGGUAACCCAGGACAUGGGUCUCGCUUCAUCGAGAACACCGCUGGAGAAAAGGUGCGUCGAGUUAUCAAUUCGUUCCUGGACUUCAGAGAGAAAGAGAAGAAGAGACUCAAUCAGAGUGAGUGCCUGACUCUGGGCGAUGUCAUCACUGUCAACCUGACCUCCUUGAAAGGAGGCGUGGCAUACAACGUUAUCCCUGAUGAGUUAAUGGCAGGCUUUGAUAUCCGGAUUCCUCCAGCUGCGGACCUCAAGGCAUUUGAGGAACAAAUGAAGCAGUGGUGUCAGAAAGCAGGGGAAGGAGUUGUCUGUGAAUUUUUGCAGAAAAGCACAUGUGAUAAGCUGACGUCGAUUGAUCCGUCAGAUCCCUGGUGGAGUGCUUUCAGCAACGCCUGUCGACAGAGGGACAUGACGGUGCAGUGUGAGAUCUUCCCAGCCUCCACCGACAGUCGCUUCAUCCGGCAGAUUGGUUACCCAGCCAUUGGAUUCUCCCCGAUGAACCACACGCCCAUCCUGCUGCACGACCACAAUGAGCACCUCAACCAGAAGGUCUUCCUGACUGGCAUUGACAUCUACACCCACCUCCUCCCGGCCCUCGCUUGUGUCCCACCCCUCGCUGGGGAAGCCUGAAGCAGCACACCUACUCUCCACCUCCUUGCCCCAACACCCGGGACCCCUCUCUCCCCCUCCCCUCCUUCCUUCCUCACUGUGAUAGACGUCCUUUCUCUUCCUCCACCACACUGCCUCCAAACAUUAUAAAGAUAUUGCACUCCCCUUCUGACUCGCCCUCACUCUCCCACUCAUCCAUCCCCCCACUCACCCUCACUCACCGCCCCAGCCGUGCCUCAGCCCCUUCCUCACCCCUUAUCUCCUCCUGACGCUGGAGUUCUGCGGUGUUACCUCACUUACUGAAUAUUGCGACUCUCUCAAGGCUCAUAUGAUUGGCCUUUGUUUGGGCUUUUCACAGCCUCUUGAUCGCCUUACGCUCUUCACAAUGAUUAUUUGGCUGCUGUUAUCGCGGGAAACCUCUCCACAUGAUGACUCUGACUCUUCCCUCCAGGCUCUACCCUCUAUCUCUCUCUGUCUCCCUGGAUCCCCCUCAGUCCUCCUCUGUCUCUCCCCAUCUUCCUUUGUCCCCCUCCAUUCCCCUCGAUCUUCCUCGGUCUCCCUCCACCCUUCUCCAACUCCUUCUCCUCUCUCUGCCCUCCUCUGUCACCCACAGCCCCCCCUCAAACCACCUCCAUCCCCUCCGCCUCUCAGUGAGAGCGGCUGGUGUCGGGACAGUGGGAGUGGUGCCCAGUGUUGGGCAAAUGGACGUUAGCUCUGUCUUUUCACAGGAGCCACUGCUUCACAGAACAGCCCCUUUCCCACCUCCAACAAGAGCUCUGGGUCUGGGUCGAAGCCACUGGGGAAACCUAGUAGUUACAUCAUCACUGUGUGUCUCAAGCAUUAACACCUGACACCCCGAGGCCCCCCCCCCCCCCCACCCAUCUCAGGCACGUCACAGUUGGGGGACACUCUUCACCCCCACAGACAAGAAGCUCAGAGCCAUCCAGGACAAAGCAGCUGCUCAAUUAGCUCCCCGUCUACUCCUCCCCCACCCACCCACCCACCACAACACUUCCUCCCUCCACCACUAGUGCACAGUGACUGCUGUGUGUAGUGUCUGCAAACAUGCUCAUCCAGGCACCUCCCAAGCCUGUGUUUUGAUUUUUUUUAAAGCCUGUGUCUACUACCAGCAGGCCGACGCAAACACCAUCCGCCACCUACAGGUUCCUCUCCCAGAUACGCCAUCCACACCAGUCCUUCUUCACUGGAACCUCUCACAAUAGUAUUGUGAGCUCAUCUGCACCAUGAGGAUGGCAACAAUUCAAGAUUGUGUCAGUAUCUCUUUUGGACAGGUGGGGAGGGCGUGAAAAUAUGGCCUCAACCACUGUGCCUGUAUGGUGCGACACGUACGCUGUGAAGGAACAGGAGCUUUCCACAAUGGAAAAAUCCGAGAAUUCUGUGGGUAAAUGUGUGUUCUGCAGAUUAUGGAUAUUAUGACGAUUUGAUUCUAAUUCAAACUUGAUUUUAUUCUUCCAAAAUAAACCUCUGUGCAGUUCAAGCUG